AUGGAUGCAUUUCUAGCCAAGCUAUCCUACCACGCCACCAACUACGCUAUUAGGUCUUGUUUCGCUUUGACUUCUACAUAUGUCAUCCAGCAAGGUUCAAGAUUACUUAAAACCGUUGAUGAUGAUCCUCUACGAGCUGAGUUAAGCCAUCUACAACGACGGUUGGCUCGCAAGAUCGAGCUCAUCUCCCCUAUACUUGAAUCUAUCGAGUUUCGCUUUGCUCGAGGAAAUUCAACUUUAGAGGCCGUAGUGCAAACAGCACAAGAACUACGGGCCAAUGUUGACUUACUUGGAAAACGUCUCGAAGCUGCUGCCUUAGCAGACCAAUCCCACCAAAAUGGAAGAGCUAAGGGCCCCGCUACUACUGCUUCUAUGCGUCGUAUCGAAGUCAAGAGCAUUAUCACAGACAUCAAACAACUAAUUGAAGAUAUUGAUGAUUCUAUACCCCUCAUCAAUCUUUGGGUGUCUGCAAUCGGGGGUAUCCAAACACAACACUCGGCCUUUUCCCCUUCCCGUUUAUUACAGGCUAGCAUGCUUGUGAAUGUCGGCGAUACUCAAUACAUUCUCAACCCGGGCAGACCCAUGCAGAUCGGCCCAGACUUUAUGCUGUCUAUCUACAUGUUAUUUCGUGCCCAUGCUUCUCCCGAAGACACGGCAGAGCCGUACGGAAUAGAAGAGGGUCAGCGCAAGCCGGUAUGGCAGGAAGUGAUCCACAAAGCCCGAGUCCGGCUCCGUAGGAUACCACUCGAAGAUAAUCUCCCUGGAACGAAUAACAACAUAGAGCAUAACACCUCUUACGUAAGUUAUGCGUACCAACUUCAAAUUGUGGAGGACUUAGAUGACGGACGUGUCCACACGGUCGAGGACGGCAGUGCCCCACCAACUGCUUACGAGGGUGUCCAGAGUGCUGGUAUACGAGAAUUUAUCCCGGUCCACCAGAUUUCAAAGAUGUUCUACGCGGACGUUGGGAGGAUUUUAAACAUAAAUAACGAAGAUGGCGCCUCGAGUAGUCCCGUAUUACUGCUUAAAAGGGACGUGAAGGCUAUACCUCCGAAUCAAGCACGACAGAACCAUAUAUUUCCAGAGGACGAACGACAAUUAAUCGAAAGCCUGGAUGAGAGUAUCGUAUCUGACGACACUUUAGAGGGCGAUUCUCAGUACGAAAUAGACCGUCAACUUCGCCAAGAAAUCGUGGUCACCAAGGCUGCUAUGCGGAGAUCCACUAAUUCUUGGAGGCUUCCGCAGGACCUUGACCCUGCAUGGAUAGCGCUAGAAGUAUUUGAGAUGGACGACGAUGAAGAUUGUACAACGGAUGACGACGACGACCAUACCCCUGAAGAAGACGAAGAAUAUAGAACAGAAAAAGACGCACAUCCAAACCCCCACAUCCCCCGCCGGUUGAAAAACAGCACGCGUCCAUCCGCCGACUCAAAUCUAGUAACCCAGCUCAACCGAAUGAGCAUAGCCUCCACACCCUCACGCUCGUCCUCCAGAAACUCAGGCGGCGCACUUAUCCCCGACAGCGGGAAAUUCGACGAAGACCUGCUCGAACGAUCACCCUUCGGCGCAAUCCACACCUCGCUCUCGCUCCUCGAAAUGAUGCUCCGCCUGACAAGCCUGCAGGAGUUCGAACAGACCACACACCUUGCCAUCCCAGACCACGUACUAAAAUUCUACCUCGACGAGUCCGUCUCGCGAGCCGAUGCCGACGCCCCGGUUCAUCAUCGCAGCCUUAGUAGGGAGCGGAACUGA